AUGCUGGAGGCGAUGCGCAACCACCUGCUCCGCCCACGCACCUUCGUGGGGGUGCUGAACCUGUUCUCUAACGCGCUGGAUGCCGCGCUGCACUACCCGGACUUGGUGCAGGCGCUCCGCGGGGCUGGCCCGACUGGAUUGGGCGACAGCGCCGUCCCCGCGUCGCAGGCAAGCCCCCGAGGUCCACAAGCGUCAUCUGUUUUUGCUGCUUCUGGGAGCAACGGCGCAAGCGGCGGGGAGGGCGGCUUGAACCCCGACGCGGUGAUCGCGCCGGAGAGUCUUGGCUACGCUCUGCAGAUCACCUUCAACGACACAGGCAUGCUGAACGUCGUCGUCUCUCUCUGCGGCCGGGAGGAGGACGUUGUUUCGUUAAACGCGCUUCGACUUGGCGUGCUCAUUCUUGAAGGCGGCAACCGCCACGCGCAGAGUCGGCUGCUGGACUACUUCUUAACACAUGAGGGAGGUUUCUUCCACAACGUACGCGGCCUCCUGCACAAAAACCUGAGCUGGGUUCAGCACAUCAACGCGGAGCACCAGUACUACCUCAUGAAGCGUGGCGUGCGGAUCGAGGAGACGAAGAGGGCCGCCGCCGCCACAAACAUUCAAAUCAUCAACGCCCUUGCCCCGCAGCUGCGUGGGAGAGGCGCGUCAACGGCGGACAGCAGCAUCGAGGUGUUCACUGCAUCGAAGUCGUACGUAUCGGCGCUGCACGGGGAGAACAAGAAGUGGCUGACAACGCUGCGUAACGCAACGCAGGUGUCCGGCUGGGCCCGUGUGCACGGCAGCCGUCGUCUAAAGCUCAUUACGUUCCUUUUCCGGCUGCUGCAGCUCUUCUGCGAAGGCCACUUCGCCGGCCUGCAGAACUACCUGCGCGUGCAGUACGACAACCUGCACAGCGCGAAUGUGAUCCUAGAGACGAUGACCUUCAUGGAGGAGAUCUCUACCUUUGUGACGCCGAGCAACUACCGUGUUCUCUCUCAGGGAUUUGAGCUGCUGAGCGAAGUCUGCCAGGGGCCGUGUAGGUUCAAUCAGGAGGCGCUGAUUGAUUACGGGGCGUGUCGCGUGAUUCGACACACUGUGGACUGCCUGCAAGCGCAGUCUGGCGGUGACCAGCGCGAGCUGACCGCGCUGCUGCGGCAAAUACGUGGUAGCUCGCCGCCGUCGUCGUUGUUUUUGCCGCCGCCGCCGCCGCUGCCGCCAUCAACAACGCCGCAGCCGUGGAGCUGGCAGCGGAGCGUGUGUGACGCCGACCGCAACGAGGUGUUCGUCGAGAGUGUUGUAAUGAAUCGCCUGGGCGACGAGGAGGCGGCGAAGCUGCGUGUGUCGAUCAGCAACACGCUGCUCGCCGUGCUCGAGGGCUGCCGGGAAGCCGAGUCGUACCGCCGCGUCCUGCGUCAGGUUCCGCUGACGAGUGUGGCGGCGGAGGUGCAGUACGCGUGUAACCCCGCCACUGUGUACCUCAUGCAGCACAACGAGGAGGAGUUCGAGAAGGAUAACAGAACCGAGUCGCUGUUCAACCGGCUCAUUUACUUGAAGUCGGUGGAGCCGUACGCGGCCCUCGAGGGCGUUUUGGACGGCGUGGAGACACUCCUGCGCAGCUCGGCGGCCGUCGCGCGGUAUCUCGGCAGCAUUGAAAUCAAACGCGCCGAUGGGCUGGAGCGAGUGUACUUCCGCAUCCCGCUCAUCUGCCUCAGCCUCACGCAGAACCGCAAGGAUGAGCUGCUGUGGAGCGUCGACCGCACCAGCCGCGCGACGAAGCUGGCGGACUUCCUGCACAAGUCGGACGAGGUUAUCUUCGCGGUGGAGCGGAACCACGGCUUCCGCAAUAGAAUCGUCCGGUGGACGCGCUUCGCCGCCGCGUACCACGACGAAAUCGCCGUGGAGCGUCCGAGUAUGCCGCGACGCGUGGUGCGCUCCCUGAAGGUGUUUUACAACGACUGCGUCGUCCCGAAGCUGUUUCCCUACGAACUGGAGGCUUACGACGUGGUGUCCAUGACGCUGGCGGUGCUGGCGAACACCGUGAUGGUGGCUAUGGAGGGCGGCGACUUCGCACAACGGGUUUCCCAUGUGCAGUGGUACGGCAACCGAGUCGUCUCGGUGCUGUGCGUCUUGCAGGUGGUGGUGUGCGGCUUUAUGUGCGCCGCGUACCUGACCGUGCUGGUGCCCAUUCACUUCUAUCACGCGUACAAGAGCAAGCAGCGCUUUGCGGCAGGCAGGGCGCGAGUGAACGUGGACCUCGCCGAGGUGUACGCGAACCUGACGGUGCGCGAGCGGUGGGCGAGUUUCCUGACGUGGUUCAACAUGCAGUUUCGCCUCCUGUUGCUGCUCUUUGCAAUUCUUAGCUGCGCCGUUUCGCACUACUUCGCGGCCUUCAACUUGAUGUUGGUCGUCUACCGCAUCCCGACGCUGCGCACCUUCAUCUCGGCCAUCACGAUGAACGGGAAGCAGCUGCUGCUCACCUCCUUCCUGGGAGUUAUCAUGCUGUACCUCUUCAGCAUCGUGGGGUUUCUGGUCUUUUCCAACCAGUAUAACCCGGAUGGGGAGGGCAGCGCCGCUGCGUUGGCCGGGCCGCACAUGAACUGCGAGUCGCUACUGCAGUGCUUCGUGUACAUCGUUGAUCAGGGUCUACGGGCUGGCGGUGGGGUGGGGGAUGUGAUGGAGCCGUGGGCGUGGGGUAACAGUCGCAUGCUGGCCCGUCUGGCGUACGACAUGCUCUUCUACGCCCUCGUCAGCGUGGUGUUCUUGAACAUCCUCUUCGGCAUCAUCAUCGACACCUUUGGGCAGAUGCGCGACGAGAAGCGGGAGAAGGAGACGGACAUGCACGGCUUCUGCUUCAUCUGCGGCCUCGACGCAGAUACCCUAGAAAAGGCAGCGUCAUGGGCUUUGCGAACCACGUGCAGCAGGAGCACAACAUGUGGAUGUACCUGUAUUUUAUGCACCACCUCCACCGCAAGGACCCAUCACAGUACACAGGGCAGGAGAGCUACGUAA